UUGAAUCGGUGAGCCCAGAAUUCCAGAGAAUUUCAAAAAAAAACUGAAAAUUGAAUUUCAGAUUUGAAAUGACAGUUCAAUGUGUCGUUCGUGAAAAUGCGCAAAGCGGCGAAUAUCAGCUCAUUUUGCGAAAUACCUCGAUUUAUGAUUUGGCUGUGAAGGUAUACUGUAGAUUUAGGAGAUGAACUACUGUAGUAGAUCAGGAUUGAUGUGGAUGAAAUGUUAGAGAAAAGGGAAAAGGAUAAUGAGUACUGUAGCAGUUUUCUUCUUUGAAAAUUUGAAUAGAUGAGAUCUGAUUUCUUGAUUACUGUAGUCUUUUUGGAACACUGUAUUUCAAAUCCAAAGGAAUUUGGAAAAGGAUGAUGUAGCCAAAUCUGUAUUUGUUAUUCUAGAGACUAAUGUAGCUUCACAGUUCAAGAAAUACGGGGUAUGGUAUUGAUCUCGACCGAAAGUCCAUACAGUACCUCAAUCUAAUAAAUGUUUUUUUUCCAGAUUGUGAAUCAUAAAUCAGAUGUUCACUUGGAAAGACAAGAGUAAGUCUAACUCCCCAAUCCCUCUUUUCAAAAAAUCAUCUCAAAUUUUAAGCGCCCUGGUCUUGUCCAAAAAGUACACAAUAAUCAAUAUCAUCUCAACACCAAAACGCGACAAAAUGUCAUUGAAAAAAGAUUUCGACAUCUACGCUCGCGCUAUUUAUCCAUUUAAUCGCAAAAAUAUUCGACAAUGGAUUGAUGGAGAAAGUUCGAUUCCGGAUAAGGAACAUCAAAGGGUGACAAGUUUGAGAUUUGGUGUAGCUGAUGGGGAAUAUAGUGCCAAAAAGGUGAGGGUCAUGAUAAUAAUAGGGAACCCAAUUAAUGUUAUUCUUCCAGAUAAUUAUUGAUCUUCCUGGAAAAGCCAAUAUGAUUGAACCCACUGGAUAUGCUAUUAAGAUGAAAAAUUCGCGCCAAAUUUUGAGAAUCUUCAUGGAGCAUGGUAUUGUUUUCCUCUACUUUAUUAGAUUCAGCAAUUUAAACGAUAUUUAGACACUCGUUUUGCAAAUCAAAUUGAAGAUGAUCGACUUGCAAUCGCUCAAAAAAGUUGCAAAUCGAAUUCUCGCUCAAAACUCGAAAAAUCUGGAAAGUCCUCGUCUUCCAAAAAACGCAGAGAGAAGCGUCAGAAAACCAACGAAUCUUGUUUCCUUUUGCCAUUCUUCCAAUCGGUUUGUCAAUAUCAGGAAUAG